UCAUCUGAUCGGAGUCCCUGCUCUUUCGCUGCAUGCUGUCGCCAAGGAGCUUGCAAUCUAUGUGCAGGAUAUAAGUGGCACAAGGCUGACGUCUAGAAGGCUGGCUGCAGACUGUGUGUCAAGGUGGCUCCCAAUCAGAGAGCUGUGAGAGGGCAGAGCCAGCCCUGCCCAAACCCUGUGUGUGACAGUCACUCAGUCCCUGCUGCUGUGGAUGUGUCUAUCCUCUGCACUCAUCUAGGAAGAUUGUGCUCAGUGCCAGGCGGCAGCAUGUCCAGGGAUACAGGUGGAGGGCAGCCGAACUGUGACUUGAAGAGCUCUCUUGUAGAAUGUAUGACUGCGUUGGAUAUGUUCUUGGAAAACGAUUUCCAGGGGGCCCUCACCUACCUCCAGACCAAGUCCAAGGAGAGUAUGUACCAUUCCCUUACAUAUGCCACCAUGCUGGAAAUGCAAGCCAUGAUGACAUUUGACCCUCAGGACAUAGUGAAUGCUGGGAACACCAUGAAGGAGGCUCAGGCAGUGUGUCAGAGGUAUAGGAAGAAAUCCACGGUCGCAGACUCCUUCAACAAUUUAGUCCAUGGCCAAAGUCUCGAUCAGUUCACAGAAGAGGAGAUCCACGCGGAGGUGUGUUAUGCAGAAUGUCUUCUCCAAAGAGCGGCCCUCACGUUCCUGCAGGAUGAAAACAUGGUCAGCUUCAUCAAGGGUGGAAUCAAGGUCAGGAACAGCUAUCAGACAUACAAGGAGCUUGAUACUUUGCAGAAAUGUGCAAACUACGUGAAAGGAGAAAGUCACUGUCACUUUGAAGGUGGAGUGAAGCUGGGUGUUGGAGCAUUUAAUUUGACAUUAUCAAUGUUACCUACCAGGAUAUUGCGGCUUUUAGAAUUCGUAGGAUUCUCUGGUAACAAGGAUUAUGGACUGACGCAGCUCCAGGAGGGGGCAGCAGACCACAGUUUUCGGGCCUUGCUUUGCACCUUGCUCCUUCUGUGCUAUCACACGUUCUUGAGCUUUGUGCUGGGCACCGGCAAAGGAAACAUUGAAGAAGCAGAAAAAUUGCUACAGCCAUAUUUAAAACGCUACCCCAAGGGGGCCAUAUUUCUGUUCUUUGCUGGAAGAAUUGAAGAAAUUAAAGGCAAUAUUGACAAGGCUAUAAAGAAGUUUGAAGAAUGCUGUGAAGCUCAACAGAACUGGAAGCAGUUCCACCACAUGUGUUAUUGGCAGCUGAUGUGGUGCUUCACCUACAAGCAGCAGUGGAAGAUGGCAUAUUUUUAUGCUGACCUCCUAAGCAAGGAAAGCUCCUGGUCAAAGGCUACAUAUAUGUACAUGAAAGCUGCUUAUCUCAGCAUGUUUGAAGAAGAAGACACAAAGCCGUUUGGAGAGGAUGAAGUUAAACUGUUUAGACAGGUGCCAAGCUUAAAAGUCAAAAUAGCCGGGAAAUCUCUUCCAACUGAGAAAUUUGCUAUAAGAAAGUCUCGGAGAUAUCAAGCUCAGAAUUCUGUGCCUUUACCUGUCCCACCAUUGGAAAUGAUGUACAUCUGGAAUGGAUACGCUAUCAUUGGAAAGCAGAGGAAUCUUACAGAAAAGAUGUUAGAAACAUUAAACAAAGCAGAGGAACAUCUAGAAGGAGCUACAGAGACUGAUGUCCUGAUCAAUGAAGAUCAGUGUCUGGUGAAACUACUAAAAGGGCUGUGCUUGAAGUAUCUGGACAGGAUGGAGGAGGCUGAGGAGUGCUUCCAAUACAUUCCUAACAAUGUAAAGAAGAUUAAGUAUGAUGAAUAUCUGGUACCCAAUGCACUGCUGGAGCUGGCUCUAUUGUAUCUGCAAAUAGACAGAAGGGACGAAGCCAUUAAACUACUUGAAAAUGCAAAACAUAACUACAAGAAUUAUUCCAUGGAGUCUCGAACGCAUUUCCGAAUUCAGGACGCCUUACUACAAGCCAGAUCUAUUCCCAACGGCUGCUGACGAAUGUCUCCUAUUAUUAUCUUCCUAGUAUUUAUUUUUCAAGAACUACUGUUUCCCGCACGGAUGGAUGAAGUGAGAGGACGCCGGUUGGGUCGCACGCCGGAUGCUAUAAAUUAUUUGUCCAAUGGUGAUUUCCACGGGGUUUGCUGUAGCCGGGAUCCUAUAGGGCGGCUGCUCCUCCCCUGCUUUUCUCCUAUGUUUUAUUUAAAUUCAUGACGUAGCAUCACUGAGGAAUGAGAGCGGUUUCAAUCAUCAUCAAUCAGGGUAUUGCAAAUUUAUUUAUACUGUUUCCACAUUGCAUAGAGAAUGUUUACAUGUAGCAAUGUUCCUGUGAAAAAAAUGAAAUCAAUUUUCCUAAAUAUAAAUUUUACUAAAUGCAAACCUUUUACUGGGAUUUCCAGCUCAGAGCCGGGCAGGGUCAUUCUAGAGUUCUGCCACAAGAUGGCGCUCACAAAUCCUGGCAGAGUAGAGCUUGGCCUUUGUCCAGCUGGUCACUUUUCCUUUGUUUUUCUGGCUGAAGCAGUGUGAUACUUGUGGUUUUGCUCUAUACGACUAUAAGGAUAGAAAAUCUCACAGCUCUUUGGGGGUUCACACUGUCGGGACCCCCUCUGACCCUCAGAACGGAGAAUCUUAGAUAGAAAUUAACUAUACUGCGCCAUUCCCCACCUCCAGCUGAGCAGGACAUUACAAUAAACUGUCCUUGUGAUGGGCAGAGGUCAGGCCCCCGGCAAUCAUAAUCUUAUAGUAUAUCCUAAUGUACCCCUUAAAGGAAAACACUCACCAGUUCACCCACACUAAACCCAAUACGCCAGGUUAUAGUGAACGGGAGACCGAUGCGGGCUCUCUGACUAAUAUAUGUGUGGUGAGCCACCGUGUGCGAUGUGAGGUGUAUGGGGCAGAUGUUGUAGCCCAGGGGCAGAUGGUAUUAACCCCUAAAUGUUCAUGAUGCCAGGGCGUGGUUUGCCUAUGCAACCACCCGAAGGUAGUUCCGCUAGUCUUAGUUAGGCAGGGCAAAUAAGAGUCCAAGGCUAGGUCAGGGUUAACGGUAGCCUUAACUGAGGUAGACAGAUGUAAAUAGUCUUUAUAGCUAGGCCAGGAUCCCAGGGAGGUGACCGGUAACACAGGGGAUCUCGCAGCUUGCUGGGACUUGCAGUGACUUUGACAGACGUUGGGACAGCCUUGCUGACUAUAAUGGACUUGACUUGACUGAAGAUAGUGACAGCAGACAGAGAUGACUUGACUUACGGCUAUAAUUUAGGCUUGAGGCCUCCAGAUGUGCUGGACACCGGCUCUGGGACGUCUGGACUGAACUUGACCUCAGCAGAGAAUGAAUCACAAGAGAGAGAUUGUAGUAACCCACCCCCCCCCCCCCCCUCUUAUAAAGGGGUGCUGAGCAAGGAGCCCAUAGGACAACUGCGGGUCACCUGGUUAGCUGGUGCUCUCUGGGUAACAAAACAUGUAACUUGAACAUGUGACAACAGUAUCAUGUGAUCAACUCAAAGGUCCUUUAUACAUAAUACAUAUAACACUAUGGGGGAGAUGCUGCAGGAGGGCCCCUAGGGCACAGAGGGACUCAACCUGACAGGGACUAAGUACUGUACGGGACUAUAUAUCGUACUGGGACAUCACAUAUGUACCUGCAGGCCGGCUCCCAGUCCCUCUGAAGAUCCUC